UUUAAAAACCACACGAUCUCAAACCAAACAUAUUAUUUUUCACUUGAAACCAAAAUUUUAUUGAACAAAAAAUAAAAUGGAAUCGUUAAAUUUUCACAAAAUCAAAUUAGAGAAAGCAAACGCUAUGUUCAGGUACAAAAAGCGUCAAAACGUGACAAUAUUGUUCCGUUUGAUAGAAUUCUGCAUAUUUUUCGCCAUAAUCUCAAGAAUUUCUACUCGAUUUCCACUCAAUUUCAAGCUCUCGAUCGAGUGUUUCAAGGGACUUGGUGUUACCCUCAUUAGUCCUCGAUUCGUCUUUGUUCUUGGAAACACCAUUAUCAUCAUCCUCUUCUUGAAAUCAGGACAUUCAUCUGGUAAAGAUGGAUCCACAAACAACGUUAAAAUGGAUUUGUACGAUGAGUACAAGCAAAAAUGUUCCAUGAAUUAUGAACAGAGCAAGAAACAGAGCAUUCUAGCAGCAAAUACCUAUUGUGAACAGAGUAAAAAACAGGGGAAACAGAGUAUUCUAGUAGAAAACGUUUACUGUGAGCAGAGCAAGAAACAGGGGAAACAGAGCAUUCUAGUAGAAAAUGCUUACUGUGAACAGAGCAAGAAACAGAGGAAACAAGUGCAGAGACAAUUAGUAGAAAAAAGACUUAAUCGUAGCCAUUCAGAGAGCUUUACCAGUAUAUCUCAUGAUGAGGAGCCUAGAAAAGAAUUGAUCUGGUCCGCUACAGUAGGAUGUUUGAAAGUUAUACGCACUGACAAUGUAAAAUGGGUGGAGGAUGAAAUGAGUAACGAAGAAUUCAGGAACACUGUUGAAGCAUUCAUUGCAAGACAACAGAGGUUUUUAAGGGAAGAAGAGUUAUUUUCAUCUGUUGUAUUAACAUAAACAGAGACAUCAAGUGUUUUAACUAAUAUACAUUAUUAGGUUGUUGAAAUGUAAAUUAAAGAACAAAGAUAAAUCUCUAAUAGCAGGAGCUGCAAUUCUACCUACCAUAUGAUUUUUAAUGUUUAAAUGCACACUAUCACAACUCUCAAGCUUUUGUCAAACAUAAGAUUGAGUUAUUUUAUCA